UUGCGCCAAUCAGAACGCUCCUCCUUCUGGAUGUAUGGAUCACGUGAUCAUCCAACAUGGCUUCUAUUCACUUGCUGAGAAAAACAAGAUGCUGAACAUUUCUGAAUUUAUUAGUUUAUAGGAAUUAUUUUGGACCUUUCCGAUACCCAACCAUAAGAAGAUGAAGCUGCGCGUUCAGUUACAAUGCAAGAACCUCCAUGAGUAUUUGAAAGAGUUGAGCCCUGAGAUCUUAGACCGCUUGUACAAUCAUCCGGCCACAUGUCUGGCUGUCUACAGGGAGCUCCCCCCAUUGGCCAAGAAUUAUGUAAUGCGAAUGCUGUUUCUAGACCAACCCCUUCCUCAGGCUGCGGUGGCUCUUUGGGUGAAAAAAGACAGUGAAAAGGAUCAUGAUCAGUGUGUGUCUGUGCUGUCUGGUCUCAGACUAUGGCACAGCCAGCAGCUACAGGGAGGCCUGCAGGGAAACAUUCUGAACCCCGUAUUCAAAGACAACCUGAGAAUAGCAUUAUUAGGAGGGGGUAAGUCAUGGGCAGACCAGGGUGACAGUCUUGGUCCUGACAGACAUGCCCGUGACGUGGAGAGUCUGGAUAAGUAUGCCUUGGAGCGCUGGGAGGUGGUUCUCCACUUCAUGGUUGGCUGUCCCAGUGCUGCAGUCAGCCAGGACCUGUCCCAGCUCCUCAUUCAGGCUGGCCUCAUGAGAACUGAGGCUGGAGAUGCUCCCUGUAUCACCUCAGCUGGUUUCCAGUUCCUCCUCCUGGACACAGCCUCUCAGCUCUGGUACUUCACCCUACAGUACCUCAACACGGCACAGACUCGUGGAAUGGACCUGGUGGAGAUUCUGUCCUUCUUGUUCCAGCUCAGUUUCUCGACACUAGGCAGGGACUACUCAGUGGAGGGGAUGAGUGAAUCUCUGCUCACCUUCCUACAGCACCUGAGAGAGUUUGGCCUCGUCUUCCAGAGAAAGAGGAAGUCUAGAAGGUACUACCCUACCAGGCUGGCCAUCACCCUGUCUGCUGGCGUCUCCGCCAACUCUUCCUCCACCGCUAUGGGCGCUACCCCAGGGACCGGAGAUUCAGGUUUCAUCGUCGUGGAAACCAACUAUCGGCUCUAUGCUUAUACUAACUCUGAGCUGCAGAUCGCUUUGGUGGCUCUGUUUAGUGAGUGUCUCUAUCGCUUCCCUAACGUGGUGGUAGCCCAGGUUACCAGGGAGUCAGUACAGCAGGCCAUCGCUAACGGCAUCACCGCACAACAGAUUCUCCACUUUCUAAGGACCAGAGCACAUCCUGUCAUGCUCAAACAGAACCCAGUGCUUCCCCCCACCAUCACAGACCAGAUCAGACUAUGGGAGCUGGAGAGAGAUCGACUACAGUUCUCUGAGGGAGUGCUGUAUAACCAGUUCCUCUCCCAGGCUGACUUCGAGGUGUUGCGGGACAGAGCGCAGGGCCUGGGCUGUCUGGUGUGGCAGAACGUGGCUCACAGGGUGAUUGUGGUUUCACCGCAGGGACAUGGCGAAGUCAAGAGGUUCUGGAAACGACAGAAGAGUCACACUUGAUAACAAGAGGGGGACGAAGAGAAGAACAAGAAUAAGGAUCUUUUCAAUUUUUUCUUUUUUUAAAUUUUUUUUUACAUGAAAGGACUUUUUAUUUUUAUUUUUCCCCGUAGAGGUGACGGUUGAAUGAUCUUCUGAAGAAGGUAUAUGGAGACUUCUGGAUAUACUGUACUGGAUCUUGAAUUGGACACAGCAGCGCAAUGGCUGUAGCCUGGUGCCAGAUCUGUUUGCGCUCUUACCUACUUUGUCAUUGUCAAGCCAAACAUGGCAAUUCCAUAAGGAGUUGGCAAGGUAAAACUGGCACCCAGGCUACCGUGACCGGUGCUGGGUAGGACAAAAUGGAGAAAGCAAGUGCUUUGUCUCUGUUUUUGGUGGUGAUAUUGCCAUUGUCUCCUUUUGGGUUGGUGGGCAAAUAAAAUUAUUUAAAGAAAUGUAUGACUUAGCCUGCAAUACUUAUGCAAUAUGGGGCGGAAGGUAGCGGCAGGUAGCCUAGUGGUUAGAGUGUUGGGCCAGUAACCGAAAGGUUGCUAGAUCGAAUCCACGAGCUGACAAUGUAAAAAUGUGUCUUUCUGCCCCUGAACAAGGCAGUCAACCCACUGUUCCUAGGCCGUCAUUGUAGAUAAGAAUUUGUUCUUAACUGACUUGCCUAGUUAAAUAAAUAAAAUAAAACAUUUACAAGCAUUCAAAUAUAAGUUGGGUGUAUUUCAUUGCGGCGGGGAAAGAGCCAUGCAUAUAAAUGUGGGGAUUUAACAUGCAGGGCUGAUACUAUGAAAUGCAUUUAAUGUUCUCAAUGUUUUUUAUUUUAUUUUAAAUACUGUAAUUUGAUUAAAUCAAACAUCAAUGGAACCAUUUCAAAA